AUGGUAACUUUUAAGUCAUUCAGUAACCCAUUAAGGAUAAUUCUUUUGUUCACUCCUGUUGAUUUAACAGGAUUAAGUCCUCUCAUUCCAUUGCAAAUGGAAAGAAGAAAUGCUAUUCCAGACGAAACAAAAGAAGAAAUUUGGAAAUUCAUUGAAAAGAACAUUUAUGAAAGUUCGGAAUGGUUCAAAGCUGUCUACUCCGUCAUAAUGAACAUUAAACCAAUUAAUAAGAUGGAAAAUUUAUCAGAUUUAUUGUUCAUUGCAGUAAGACUUGGUAAUUUUGAUAUUAUCCAAGAACUAAUCAUUAAAGGUGCGAAAAUUAAUUCAGUCGAAGGUAUUUACAAUCGUCUGUCACCAUCAUUGGAAGCAAUUAGCAAGGAUAGAUCAGAUAUUUUGCAGCUCUUCAUUAAUAAUGGAUUAGAUGUUAAUAGCAUUUACUCAAGAGAUAACUUCACAUUAAUCAAUGCUUCUAUUGAGUAUAAUUCAAUGAAAUGUUUCGAUAUUUUAAUUGAAAAGGCAUCACUUAAUCAUAUUGUUGUUCAAACACCAAUGAUGGUUGCCCUUCAAACAUUCGAGCGAACAGGUAAUGACUAUUUCAUCAAUAAACUUCUUGAUAAGAUCGACAUCGAAUAUGAAACCAUUGUUGAUAGUUCGUUUGUCAAUUACACUUUAUUCAAAGAAGGAAAAAUCCCAGAAUUCCAUUAUACUUCAGACCACAGAUUUAUCUCACCGGUUGUUGGACUGAAUUACCAACCUAUUAGACAUAAUUUGGAUAACACAGAUGUUGUUCAGAAAUCAUUGGCAACUGGAUUCAUCAAUAGACUAGAAAGAGCCGACAUCAAACAGAACUUUUUUGAAAAUCUCAAAGAUCGUAAUGCUCAUUUCCCGUGA